AUGAAGCCGCAAAUGAGGCGAAAAACAGGCCGGGCGCAGGCCGAGGCCACAUGGUUGGGGGUCCACGAAUUGGCUGCCCCAGAGGCAGCAGGGCUGUGGGACUGCCAUGCAGCGACAUGGGCAGCCGUCACAGGGGAGACCGCGCCGCCUCGCAGCACAGACCUGCUGCUGGCAGAUGACACCAGGGUGUGGGAGCCGCCGCGGCAACUCAGGCCUCUCUGGCAGCGCCUCCGCUUAGCUACCAUCUGCCAGCUCUGGGCCGCCUACCAAGCCUACCGGCCGUCAUCAGCCGGACGCCCACACAUCGCCCGGGCAGCUCGCAGCCCACAUCUUGUCUUCCUGCAGGAAGGCUCUCCUGGCCGACUGGCGACUUGCCACCCUCAACAUCCGGCUGUCAGCGGGCGUGCUCAGCGACUGGCUCCGGGGACGCGACCCCACACUCAGCCGGGAGGAGUUCACAUCGAUUUCACACGAUUUCUCCACCGAUACACCAGCAUCUUCAAGUUUCUCACUUGCAUUGUGUAG